ACACACAAACGGCCGCGGAGAUUCAGUUAGUUGUGCACAAUUCUAGCAUAGACGUAGUUUGUGUGUAGCCGACCGACCCAGUUUAAUUUCGUACAUACACUUUAAAAUUGUACACAUUUGAACAUGGCACUGGCAAAUUUUUCUCGCUUUUGAGCGAGAUCGGCGGUAUCUUGGCCGACCCAGCGUUGGAGGAUCAUCGUGGGGGCUUCCAACCACACUUUGACACAAUCUGUGAAAAAUAUUCAGCCGGUCAUCUCUCGGAAAAAACAUCAUUUUUGAGUCCAUCCCGAUUUCCGUCGAGACGAAUUUUUCGCCCAGGUCGUACAUCUCUCCAGCGCUGUGGUUAUUAUUGCGUCACGCGAUUUUUACUGACUGUGGAUCUGCUGAUGAUAAACUAAAGUGGCACGUGCAUUGUUGUUGUGAAAUAUCUUCAAGAUAAAAAUCCAUCAUUCUCUUGAGUUAUUCUAUAAUGGAACAACACAGCAUCUGAAACGUGAAUCCUUAGUUCUUCUGGAAGUGUAAAAAAAAACGGCAUUGCAUUUCUUGCAUCAACGCUGAAAUACGUGAACAAAAAUGUUGGUGACAGUUUUCUGAUCACAACAAAAGACGACUGUCUGUAAACCUAUUUUUAUGCAGCUGAAAACUAACAUUAUUUCUCAGGAAUAAUAUAUUCAUAUUCUAUAUUUUAUAUUUUCAAGAAUUGUUCAUGACUCUAUCAAAAACUUGCUGGACUUCUUGUUGGUGAGGAUUUCGUGUGCUACAACCGCCAACGCAAAGCUUUAUUGUGUAGAAUUUUAACUAACACUCAUUUUGGGUGACUAACCUACACACACAGUGACGCUGUGUGGUGAGUGGAGAUUUCGCAAUCGGCUGUCAAUCCAACGCUUGCUUUGGUGUUGUUCAAAGAAGACAAUAGGCAGUAGCAUCACCAAAGUCUUCCAUUUAUUACACAAUUUACUUGUCAUAUUUCGAAGUCAUCAAGCUGAAAUCCGUACUGGACGUUGUCACUUCGGGUCCUGCUUUAUCGUCGAUAAGGACAAAUUACGCCUCGCCUUUUCGGUGACUCCGCCGUGUACAACGACUGAUCGGUGGUUUGGUUGUCGACAAAAAAGCAGACUUUGUUUUUCGACUGCGGGGGCCGGCUUUGUUGCCGAUGAACAUUCAACGCUCUCUUCCCAUUCCGAUCGAGAAUGAUCGGAGGAGCGGCCGGAGAAAAGCUUUCUCGCAUUUUGACACACCACCCGAUCUAUCGAACUCUUUCACGAGCAGUUUAAGCCCGAAUUUAUCGGCACCUACCCCACCGAACUUUGUCCCGAAGGAGCCCCAUGUGGUCUCCAAGAUCGGGAGUUACCUCCUUACGGAGGAGACCGAGUUGAAUGUGUUCCACGCGCUGGACGCUGUCACACACGAAGAAUCAAAGUGCAAGGUUGUUGAUUCUAAGAAAUAUGCCGAAGAAUUUGCUGCAAAUUUCAAAUUGGAGCCGCACGACAACGUAGCCCCAAUUCACGAAGUACUUCUCGGAGAGGAGAAAGCGUACGUCUUCUUUCCCCGUAACCAUGGCGACAUGCAUCAGUACGUACGAAGCAAGAGAAAGCUCAACGAAGAGGAAGCGAGUCGGCUGUUCUAUCAGAUGGUCUUGGGCGUCGCUCACUGUCAUGACAGCGGAGUUGUACUCCGCGACCUGAAACUGCGCAAGUUUGUCUUCAAAAAUUGUCAAAGAACUAGGGUUAUGCUGGAAGGCCUGGCUGAUGCCUUUGUUAUCGACGACAGCGACGGAGACCUCCUGUGCGAUAAACAUGGCUGCCCCGCCUAUGUUAGUCCGGAGAUCCUCAACACAGAUCCGUGCUACUCGGGCAAGUGUGCUGACGUCUGGAGUCUGGGCGUGAUACUAUACACUAUCCUCAUUGGCCGAUAUCCUUUCCAUGAUAAGGAGCCAAGCUCGCUCUUCGGAAAAAUCCGACGCGGGAAGUUCACUAUACCAGAGUCCGUCUCGUCGCAGGCAAAGUGUCUGCUGCGUAGCAUCAUGCGGGUUGAUCCCGCAGAGCGACUCACGGCGGACGAAAUCCUCCACCAUCCGUGGUUCCGGCAGGGCACCCUACCGGUCGGUUCUUACACUGAUUCGAGUAAAACAUCCGACCAAACUGUACCCGAUUUCUUUAUUCCAGAAAGCGAAGACUCUUUCUUUGUAUAGCGAAAUGUUUGCAGAUGUUUGUUUAAAUUUUAUUCAUCACCAUUAUACAUAAUCAGCAGCAGCAGAGUUUGUGAUUUAUUGGGUUUUUUUUGGUAAGUUAUUUUCACCAAUGCAAGUGGUUUUACUGAAGCGACUCGACGCUGGAAAAAAGUUUUGGGUGAGAAGAACUCAAUCUGUCUCAAUUGUACUUGUGUUUAUUAGUGUUGUUUUAUCUUUUGUUAGUGAAAAAAAAAACAUUUUAAUUAAAACAUCCUAAAAAAAAUCUGAAUUUAUCGUUGAACUUGAACACGUGUACAUUUAUAGUAGAUACCUAGUAAAUAUGUAAAUAAUUGGGAUUUAUAUUGUUUUCUUUAAUUCUAGAUCAAAGUAUAGAUCAAGUAGUCUGAAGUGUGCACAGUCUUACUAUGAAGUAGGUUCAGGAACCAUCCAUAUCAAAGAAAUAUACAGCAAAUAAUGUGCGGACAAUUUUACAA